AUGGGCCCCAAGAAGAAAACUGUCUGGGGGAAGCUGUGUGAGAAGACCAAGACCCAGUUCAACAACAUAAAGAAGAAGACAACCCCGGGGAAGCUGGAGAAGAAAAAGCCCCUGCAUUACAGACGCAGUAUGUCAGUGCCGGACCUGAGGUUUGUUCAGGAGGCUGAACCCUCUUCAGCAGAAAGUGCAUUCUCCACAGCCUCGGAUGCCAUCUUAUUUGGCAGCUCCUCAGGCUCCAGUGAUAACGCCUCUAAUAUCUCAGUCCCUCUGUUAAUGGACAGGCUGACUGCAACUGAUGCAGGCCCCUCAGGUAGAAAGACUGUGUAUGAUUUGGCUUUCAUAGAUAACAUGAAUGUGUCUGUUUCUAGAAUGAGUGCACCUGUGGAGACACAAACUCUCUAUGAUGAAUCAGAAGGGGAGGACAUGGCGACCUUUAUGGGCAGAAUCCACAUGCCAUCAGACAAAUGGAAUACACCUGCAGAGAGAUCAACUUCUUCUGCUUCGUCUACUUCAGCAGAAAGAGUAAAAACACCAGUGGACAGAGGGAACCCACCCAUACCUACCCCGAGAUCAAAUGCUCCAAAUAUACAUGUGCCCACAACAAGAUUGACUUCAUCAGUGGAGAGAAUUCAUAUUUCUACAGAAAGAUUGUUCUUCUCUGAAGACAGAGUGGCUGCUAGGGACCGAGUGAGUGCAUCUGCUGAAAGAUCUGCUUCUUCUGUCUCUGACCAAACAAACCUAGUUACAGAGAGACUGUCUGCUUCAAGGGAGCGAGGGAAACAACCAGCAGAAGUGAAAUGGUCUGUUCCUCCAAAUCCACAGGACAGAUUGAACAUCCCUCCAGAUAGAUGGUCUCUGCCAGUGGACAGGGUGGACAGGAUGGGCACCCCGGACAGGAUGGGCACCCCUGCGGACAGUGUGGAUGGUUCUGCGUGUGGAACCCCAUUAGAGAAACAAUCCUACACGUUCUGGCCCACUGACUCUGAGGACCUGGAUAUGACAGAGCCCCCCCUCUCCACAGACAUCAGAGACAUCUUCUGCAGGGAGCUUCAGGAAGACAUUGAGGUCAGAUGACACACUAAUAUUGUACUUAAUCAUACCCUCCACAAAUAUAGUUAUAGGCCUACUGCAUACAGUGUAAAGUCAAAAUACAGACUAAAAGACAGAUUUCACACACGUUUUGAUAGAAAAUAAAAGUGCCUAUGUCACAGUAACACAGGAUACUUUAGUGACCAUAAGACAGUAUGUUUGACGCAGUGUAUUUUCACUGUCAUCUCAUUAGCAUGAACAUUUGCAAGCUCUCUUUUCACAUUCAAAUAAUAUGGUCUGGUUUUCACACCCUUGAGCUGUUAUGCCUGCUCUCUGCCUCAAGGUUUUCUAUGACCAGUCUCUAGAUCCAUUACAAUAGAUAUGCUUAAAGUCAUGGAUUGUGCUUAAGAUAAUGCUUAAUUGGUUCUUUGUCAGAAAUCUCAUUGCAGAUAGCAACAGAUAGCAAUCCCAAUACUCAGAUAUGACGUCAAAUAGAAGCAAACAUUUUCUAGAAGCUUUUGUGUAGACCUGAAGUCACUUACAUUGUAUUAUCUGUGGAUCUGUCUAAUUGUUGUGGCCAGAAAAUUGCUGAUCUAACUAGUUGCAGGUACAGUUAUAGUAAGUUCAACAGUGGUCAAGAACGAUGACCGAACAUUAUAACAUGUAACUUUGUUCCAUACUUUGAUAUGCUUACAUUCUUUCUCCCGUAGUUACCCAAUGAGCACAAUGACUUCUAUGCCCAGCCCUUGCAGGAUCAAGCAGGCAACAAUGUGAGUACUGGACUUCAAAACCUUAUCAAUGAUAAUGGACAACCCUAAGGCUUAAGACUAUAGAGCAUCAUAUUAAUGUGGUUCCUUUCAUUGAAAGGCUAUGGCAGCGGGGAGCCCACCUGUUCCUAUACAGAAGUACCUCCUCACCAUCAACCUGAAGGAGGGCAGGAACCUGGUCAUCAGAGACCGCAACGGUAAGUGUAUGGAAAAUACCUGGUACUUCUGGAGGUCUACAUAUGGAUGAAUGCAAUGUCUGAGGCAUGCUGGCUAUAUUUAUAUAUACAUACAUACUUACAAUUUGAGGAGUAUAUUAUAAUGAGUCAGAUGAUGACAAAGUAAUUCAUCAUAUUUACUUUGCUGAUCUUAAAAAACAAUUGUGGAAGCACAUACAGUACAAAGGUCACCUACCUGUGUCUAAUGUAUUUUUGACAGUGAUUACAGCAUGCUGUUCUUGUUCAUUGUCAUAUUUUCACCUGUGUAAAGACAUAUUUUCGUAUCACAGGAGUAGAUUAGCUGCCCUAAACAGUAUGUUUUUACUGUUUUAGACAAACUGAAGCAGAGCAAUUGAGAUUAUGUAUUUGGUGAAACUGUCCCUCAAAUUGUUUGCUUUACUAUGGUAAUUUCCAAUAGAAACUGUGUUCCACUUUCACUCAACACUAAUCCCGCCCUGACUUUCAGGGUGUCUCAUACACACAGAAGUCACACAGAGGGAAAUGUUAUGUGGUCUAUGUGUAGGCCUAAUGACAAUGCUUUUGAUCAAUGCUACUUGUUACAAGUGUUUACUGUUUACAAGUGAAGGUCCCUGUCAAACGUUGUUGGUGAAGAGCAGGGAGACACUGGAAAGGCAUGCAGUCAGACCUGAUUUGGUCUCUGUCGCCAAAACACACCUAGGAGCCUUCCCUUAUGAAAGCACACCCUGCUCCACUCCAUAUUAGCAGUUACACUACAGAGGUUACAUGGGUAUGGUAUCUUAGAUAUGUUUCUGUCACUUUGGAAAAUAUGGAUCAUCUUCAUAUUAUGCAGAAGUGUAUUUUGCCAGCCAAGCUCCACCACAGUAUUCCUAGUGGUGUGCUGAAUAGAUUGCGAAGCACUGUGGUGGUUUCUAUGUAAGCAAACAAAUUAUGUGGUGUGGUUUUCAUAACCAAUGCAAAUUUAGAGGCUAAAAGUCAGUUGGAGAGUGCAUGCAAUGUUUCGCUGCUGCUGGCAAACUAUUUUCCUUCUACAAAUGACAAGCUGCCACCUGCUGGAGGUUUCCUAAAAUACAUCAUAAGAUGUUCUUGCCUUUUUACUGUAAUUCAUAGUGUUUUGAACCCCUGAAAGGAAAUCCCUGAUCUUACACCACUAUGGUUUGAAGACUUGUUGGAAUGUCAUUAUAUAGCAUUCUGUCAUAUUCUACACAGAUUAGAUCAGGGAUGAACUGUUUUUGGAACUCAGUCGGGGUCUCUACUUACUGUUGAGAGAUAGAAUAAUAGAAUACACAAGGUGCAAUUUCGAAAUGUGGUUGUGCAUCAGCAGUUUUUCUCUUGUUAUAUCAGUCACUGACAGCCACUCAAUUAGCCAUGUCAGCUAACAUAAAUUAGUCUAGCGAGCUAUCUAAACUUGUAGUAAUGAUGGCCGAAUACCGACCGUUCACGCAGGGCACGUGCCCAGGGGCCCUGAUCUCGAGGGGGCCCCAAUUGAUUUUGUUAGUCACUCUCACUCAGAUAUCACAUUAAUAUGGCAUAAGUCAGGAAAUUAGCUUUAAAACUGCAAACAUUUCUCUCCACCCCAUGGCAAAAUGGAUAGAAUUGCAGGAAAUUAGCUGUAAAACUGGAGAAAUAAAUCUCUGCCCCAUGGCAAAAUUAGUAGAAUUUUUAUUUGAUCUUUAUUUAACUAGGCAAGUCAGUUAAGAACAAAUUAUUAUUUACAAUGACGGCCUACACCGGACAAACCCAGACGACGCUGGGCCAAUUGUGCGCCGCCCUAUGGGACUCCCAAUCACGGCCGGUUGUGAUACAGCCUGCAAUCGAACCAGGGGGUCUGUAAUGACGCCUCAAGCACUGAGAUGCAGUGCCUUAGACCACUGCGCCACUCGGGAGCCCAGAAUUGCAUGAAAUGUGUUAUAGAAUUGCUCUCUUCCCCAUGGCAAAAAUUUGUAAAAUAGCAGAAAACUUGCUUUAAAACUGCAAACUGUUCUCUACGCACCAUGGCAAAAUGUGUAGAAUUGCAGGUAAUUAACUUUAAAACAUAAACUUUUCUUGUGCCGUCAAGACGGGCCAGCAAAAUGUUUUGCCACCCGCAAGGUGGGGGAGCUUGGCCCCAGUGAUGGAAGCUUGACCCAGUGAUGUACUGGGCCGUACGCAUUACCCUCUGUAACGCCUUGCGGUCGGAGGCCGAGCAGUUGCCAUACCAGGUGGUGAUGCUCUCGAUGUUGCAGUUGUAUAACUUUUUAAGGCUCUGAGGACUCAUGCCACAUUUUUUCAGUCUCCUGAAAUAGCCGUUGUCGUGCCCUCUUCACGACUGUCUUGGUGUGUUUGGACCAUGAUAGUUUGUUGGUGAUGUGGACACCAAGGAACUUGAAGCUCUCAACCUGCUCCACUACAGCCCCUUCGAUGAGAAUGGGGGCGUGCUCAGCCCUCCUUUUCCUGUCUCCUUUGUCUUGAUCACGUUGAGGAGAGGUUUUUGUGCUGGCACCACGCUUCCAGGGAGUACAAGAGGGCACUAAGCACUCACCCCUGAGGGUCCCCCGUGUUGAGGAUCAGCGUGGCAGAUGUGUUGUUGCCUACCCUUACCACCUGGGGGACGACCCGUCAGGAAGUCCAGGAUCCAGUUGCAGAGGGAGGAGUUUAGUCCCAGAGUCCUUAGCUUAGUGAUGAGCUUUGAGGGCACUAUGGUGUUGAACGCUGAGCUGUAGUCAAUGAACAGCAUUCUCACUUAGGCAUUCCUUUUGUCCAGGUGGUAAAGGGCAGUGUUGAGUGCAAUAGAGAUUGCGUCAUCUGUGGAUCUGUUCUGGCGGUAUGCAUAUUGGAGUGGGUCUAGGGUUUCUGGGAUGAUGGUGUUGAUGUGAGCCAUGACCAGCCUUUCAAAGCACUUCAUGGCUACAGAUGUGAGUGCUACGGGUCGGUAGUCAUUUAGGCAGGUUACCUUGGUGUUCUUGGGCACAGGGACUAUGGUGGUCUGCUUGAAACAUGUAGGUAUUACAGACUCGGCCAGGGACAGGUUGAAAAUGUCAGUGAAGACACUUGCCAGUUGGUCAGCACAUGCUCGGAGUACACAUCCUGGUAAUCCUUCUGGCCCUGCGGCCUUGUGAAUGUUGACCUGUUUAAAGGUCUUGCUCACAUCGGCUACGGCGAGUGUGAUCACACAGUCGUCCGGAACAGCUGGUGGUCUCAUGCAUGCUUUAGUGUUGCUUGCCUCGAAGCGCUCAUAGUAAUUUAGUUCGUCUGGUAGGCUUGUGUCACUGGGCAGCUCACAGCUGGGCUUCCCUUUGUAGUCCGUAAUAGUUUGCAAGCCCUGCCACAUCUGACGAGCAUCGGAGCCGGUGUAGUAGGAUUCAAUCUUUUACUUGUAUUUACGCUUUGCCUGUUUGAUGGUUCCUCUGAGGGCAUAGCAGGAUUUCUUAUAAGCAUCCGGGUUAGACCCCGCUCCUUGAAAGCGGCAGCUCUACCCUUUAGCUCAGUGCAGAUGUUGCCUGUAAUCCAUGGCUUCUGGUUGGGGUAUGUAUGUACGGUGACUGUGGGGACAACGUCAUCGAUGCACUUAUUGAUGAAGCCGGUGACUGAUGUGGUAUACUCCUCAAUGCCAUCCCGGAACAUAUUCCAGUCUGUGCUAGCAAAACAGUCCUGUAGCUUUGGAUCUGCGUCAUCUGACCACUUCUGUAUUAAGCGGGUCACUGGUACUUCCAGCUUUAGUUUUUAGUUUUUGCUUGUAAGCAGGAAUCAUGAGGAUAGAAUUAUGUAGCCCUCCGCUUGUGCUGGUUUCUUGUGUGACUGCGGCCAUGGCUUUCCUGGCCUUGUUGUCUCGAGCCACAGCUCCCUGCUAGUUGAGACCUUACUUUUCCUGACAGGAUGUCACCAUGAUGAUGAUGCAAUCCCCACACGCCUCUCCACUGUUUGCCCAACAAUCAACACAGUGCUAGAGACCCACCAACACCAUCCACUGUCAUUACAUAUUCUAAAAGGACCCUUGCCACCAGCCCCCACUUUUAUUUUUUUGUUCUCCCUUUUUUUUGCCGUUAAUUUCCAUCGUCACCGUUCUCAGUCACGCCAGAUCUUUUCUUCUCACUGGCUGCCACAUUCUCCUCCUGUCAAGUUGCCUGGAGGUUUCCCUGUCACAGACUGGCAGGGCGGAGCUGCUGUGGGUCCUGCCUGCCUUUGGGAGAUGUUCAUUUGGAGUGGGGAGCUGACAGGCCUGACAGCCCAUCCCCGCAGGGCCUUUGUCAUGUGAUUCAAGCCUCCCUGCAGGCUCUCUCAAGCACCCCUUUAUUCCUCCACACAAAUGAAGGCAUGGGUCUGGCUUUCAUUUUUCAGCCAAUCUGCAUGCAAUGGCUGAGACAAAGACACCCCGUCCCCCCACCCCACCACCAGGCAGACUUUCUUAACAGGCUUGGGAGAUUAACACCGGUUGCUCCUGGUUUCUGGACUUUAUUUGCUGGUUGUCUCAUGCUGGCGAGAGUUUCUACUCUUUCACAAUUAAACAGCUACAUCCCUCUGUUUUCUGAAAUAAAUGUGGGGCGCACCUCCUCCCUGCAUAUCUCAGUCUCUCACACAACCGCUCUUUGAUUUAUCUAGCUGGGGGGGGGGGGUGCUGUGUGUGUGGUGCUAAAUUGUGCAGAUCUGUCUUGUGUCUUAUAUAUUUAAAACAAUUAUGUGAUAUCUUUUUAUACCGUUUUUGUACAUUAUGAUACUCACCCCUUGGCAAGUAUGAUUUUGUUGAUAAUGCUAUCAUCUGAUAAUGGUUUUUAUCUGCUAUUAUGUGAACAUUAAUUUUUUUUUCAUUUUCUUUAGAUACAAGUGAUCCUUAUGUCAAGUUCAAACUGGAAGGGAAGACGUUUUACAAAAGCAAAGUUGUGCAUAAGAACCUGAAUCCAAAAUGGAGUGAGUCCUUCUCCUUCCCCCUGCAGGAUUGGGAGCAGGUUGUCGACGUGAGGGUGAGUAUCCCGUUAAUCUGUUGUUUUGACUUAUGUUGUCUAAGUAACACCUACACAUGAACGGCAAUGUACUUAUAUUGUCUUAAAAGUGACAGCUUGACACUAUGAUCAUGUCAUAGCUAUGGCCUGCAUAGGAUACACAACUGGCAUAUAGUAACAGUUCAUUGUGCCAAAGCCUGAUUGACAUACAGAAAUCGUUUUUUAUACUGAGUAUGGUGUUUAUAAUUGUUGUAGGUCUAUGAUAAGGACCGUAUCACUGAUGAAUUCAUGGGUUCCAGCACGAUUGUCAUCAAAAACCUUGAAUUAGACAAGUGAGUGAUACACACACUACUAAUCACUCAGCCUGUAUAUCAUCUAGUAAACUGCAGAACUUCUUGUGUAGACUCAAUUUGGGAAAUUAUUGUAUACCCUGUCUGUGUCUCUAUCUCUCUCUGUCCAGGACCAGUGAGAUGGUGCUAAGUCUGGAGGACCCCAACAGUCUGGAGGAUGACAUGGGGGUCAUCGUCAUUGACACAUGCCUAACUUUCAGAGAUGCUACGAUCAAAAGACCAGUAAGCCUCAUUUGAUCGGAGUCUCUAAAUAAUGUUACAUCUCAGAUUUUCAAUCUCGAUAUUUUCAAAUUUGUUCGUAAAUGUUUAUCUCCAUUACAGAAAUGGCACCAGAAAAAGAGAAGAUUUAGGGUAGGACAUUGAAUUUUCUACUUUCUGCUUGCAUAUUUUUGUUGUAAAUCUAAUUCUAAAAAGUUUUCAAUGCCAAUAUCGGCCAAUGUGUCUAUUGCUAGAAUAGAUAUUCACAAUACUAGUUAUAGUAACAGUAUACUCAUCAUUACUCGUCAGAUGAGAAAUCCAAAUAUUGCUGAUAUUGUGCCUAAUAACCAGCAGCAGGGGGCAGUAUAUCACUGUAUUAUAAACGAUGAUCAUGACAAAGAGUGAAGUCCUGUCCUAGGAUUUUGGUUUUUGUGCACGCAUUUUCAACCUUAAUUGUGUGAAAUAAUGUAUUUCUUAGUUAACGUCCUUGUCACAUUGCCAACGACAAGUUUUGUAUUUGGAAUUGUAUUGUGUAAAUAAUGUCAGACUAAACCAUACAUUAGAAUGAUCUAAUCAUGUUUACUUCAUAUUUACAUGUUAACUAAGCACAUUUAGGGGUAGAGCCUCUUUGAGGUUUAAUAUACAGUUCUAUCUGUGAUUUAGGCUGAAACUGGAGGCAGUUAAAGUGUUUUGUGUUUUAGACUGACGCUUCUCUCAUUAUGGUGAUUGUGGGUUUAUUCUCACACCUAUUCACUUGCUACAUCUGCCACAGUUUAAUCUCCUGAUAGGCCAGUAGACAAUCUCCAUUUUAUGUUAAAUAGAUAAGAAAUACAAUACAUUUCAGAUACACAUUGUAUGCUCUGCAGAUGGAUAAAUGGACAGACAAAGAGACAUAAAUGUGUGAUCCGACUCUCCCGAUGUUCCUCUGCUCAAAUAAUGGUGCAAAUUUACACUUCUGCAGAGGCAGACGGCAGUGCCAAGAUUUGUUGGUGGCAGUAUGACUAUGUUAAUUUUGUGACACGAUUGAAUUAAUAUUUUUGACAAAUUAUAAUAUAAAAUCCUGUUCCAUUUGACACCUAUCCUGGCGGCUGGGACUGAGCGCUAAGCUCUUAGUCAUUCUUCAUCUCCCAGUGCUACUCCCCACUCCUGUUCACUCUCAGCACAACUACCCCAGAGACAGUGAAUGGAAACUGCCACAGUAAAACUCUGUCUCUGUGCGCUGUGUGAUAGUGUUUCUGCACAGGAGGGGGCUGUGGGAGAGCGGGGGCUCUGCUGUUUGAGGCACGUUGCCAGUGUGAGAUUCCGAAGAUUCGUGACGCUGAUCAUUCCCAGGCAUAGUGGGCAAUAACACAGAUGUUAGGAUGUAAUAUCACAGCUGUGGAUGGACAGAGCCGAGUUACCAGCCAAAUGGACCUAGGUUUGAGCCCAUCCUGCUCGUCCCCAUGCUGUCCCACCAUAUGGAAGCAAUCGCAGACCCCUUUUAGGACCAGGAAUAGACUCUCUUUAGGGGCCACUUACAGUUAAGUUUUGUUGGCCGCUGAGAUAGAAAUGUGUCCAAGAUAAACACUUGGCGGGCCCUGCUUUAUGUCGCUCCUCCACUCCUCUAUGUUCCUCCUCUGUAAAGAGGAGACGAGGGGUAUUUAUAGGGCCGAGCAGAGCUGUGCCGUGGUAUUCCAUGUUAAUACAGGUCCCUGAGACGUACAGGCUUUGAUCCCCAGCGGCCUGGGCCCUGGGUGGCGGUGUGUACAAUGACCCUGGAGAGGAGGGGAGGGACGGGCUGGCAGGGGGGCCAUAGCUGGGGCUUUGCUGUUUGAAGCCGUGAAGGCCAGGGCAGCAGAGGGAGACAGAGUAUCAAAAAGGUCGGAGCAGAUUACAGCCCUGCUCAUUAAUUACAGUCAGCCCCACACAUCCCCUCUCUCUCUGCUGUUUGUUUUGAAAGAGAUGGCCUAUCACUGCACAGGCUCAACGGAACUUUGAACACAUAUCAAGGCCUGUUUCUCCCACUCUGUAGAGCCUCAGUUCUAUCUCUUUUUAAGCAUUGUGAUUUAAGGUGAAAUUGGAGGCAGUUAAAGUGUUUUAGACUGACGCUUCUCUCAUCAUGGUGAUUGUGGGUUUAUUCUCACACCUAUUCAGUCGCAACAUCUGCCACAGUUUAAUCUCCUGAUAGGCCAGUAUGACAAUCUCCUUUUGAUGUUAAAUAGAUACUCCCCGUCUUCCCCUGUGGCCCAGAAGGACUGUUGGAUUUGGGAGGGGCUGUCCUUGAUGUUUCUGUGUUCUGACAUCCUGGACAUCUUGUUCCUCUCAUACCCUUCUAGCUGAUUUUAGAGAUUUGAUUGGACAAUUGAGAUUUGUUUGUGAUUUAGUGAAGAAUAGACCAAUGUGUAUGCUGCAUAUGUCUAUAUGUCAUUGCCAGGCUGUAUGUACAUCCCUGCACAAUUUGCUGAUGAGAGGGUUGUGUGGUUGGUUUGCAUCAUUACUCACUGCGGCCUGCUGUCUCCUGUGUAGUAUGCCAAGUGUCCUGCCUCCCCACACUCUGUCUCUGGGUCUGUGAUGAGUGGGACUGUCACAGCCAGGGACAUCUGGCUGCUCUGCUCACUGACACCCCCCUCUCUCCAUGAACCUCUCCUCUCCUCACUGGUGUGGCUCUGCUACAUUCACUGGAGAAGGGCUAAUGUGCUCAAACAGAAAAGAGGCUGUAGCCCAUGCAGUCCACAGAUGUGAUGAGGUGCCAGACUUGAGGCGCCGGUGAAUAGAGUGGGGUAGCCACUCAGAGGGUUUUGUCAUGGAGGGUGUCCUAAUGCAGCUGUGCGUCCAUGUUUGUGUCUCCCAGGGAGGCCAGAACCAGAAGGGGGACCAGCCCCAGGAUAAGGCCCAGACCCAGCGCUCGGCUGAGGCCACCAAGAAGAGCCAGCUGUGGAGUGGAGUGUAUGGUAUCACCCUGUUAGAGGGACAGGACAUGCCUGAAUACGGCCAGGGGGACGUCUAUGUGCGCUACAGACUGGGAGAGCAGAAGUACAAGAGCAAGGUGAGCGUCUUUCUCCAUCUAUUAGUCCUUUUGCCUCCUCACUUCCUAUUUUCUCUUCCCUUCCCCUUUGCACAUGCUCUCCACCCUCCUUUCUGCUGCUCAUUUCUUCCCCCUCCCUUUUCUCUUUCUCUUUUCUCUCUCUCUCCAUCUCUCUCUCUCUCUCCUCUCUCUCCUUCUCGCUCUCUCUCCUUCUCUCUCUCUCCCUCCCUUUCUCUCAGCAGGUGCCUGUCAGUGUUUUACCUCCACCUUGGCUCACUGGGGCAUGGCAGAGCAGCUCAUUAGACUAGGCAUCUCUCUGCACCACGCUCUCCUUCAGGUGGAGGGCUUCACUAUGCUUCACUUGAUUUGCAUACCCAGCAUGCCCUGCUCAUCUACCUCUACUUGUUGGCCUCCCCCCUGAUGAUUCUGCAGCACGCCAGUCUUGUGUUCUCAUGUCAUUUCUCUGUAAACCUCUCUGGUUUUGUUUCUGCUUGUUUGUUUGUUGAACAAAGCUAAUUCUAAUUGGAUGCUGUCAGUAUUUAUAAUCCCAGAGAGGAGGCUGAAGAGCGCUCACACAAAAAACCCCUUCUCUCCUUCCCUCUCCUCUCCCUCGUCCUGGUCACACUGAAUGAAAACUUAAUCCACCUGUCAUGUAGUCUCCGCUCACUGUGACACUGCAUUAAACCUGACACCGCUCUGCAUCAUGCCGUGUGUGUUCCAGUGCCCACCCACACUACAAUACUGUAUCAGCACUCUGCUCUUUUUCGCUCUCCCUCAGAGCCUGUGCGUUCAGGCCAACCCUCGGUGGAGGGAGAAGUUUGACUUCAACAAGUAUGAGGACUGGCUGGAGCCACUGCAGGUGGAGGUGUUUGCUAAGAGAGGCAGGAAGAGUGAGGUAUCCUGGGGAAUGUGAGUAUGGCCUUGAUUGUCUGAUUGUUUGUUAUCUUCUAUGACAGUCAUUGACUGUUCUUUAAAAUGGACAUUGUUCAGCCGUGAUGUUGAAGGCUGAUACCGUCUUGUGUGCAGGUUUGAGGUGGACCUGUCCAGGCUGCCAGUAAACACACAGCAGCUCUACACCCAAGUCCUGGACCCAGGCAAAGGCAGGCUGGUAUUACUGGCCACCUUCAGCCCCUGCAGUGGGGUCUCCAUAUCAGACAUUAACAAACCUCCCCUGGAACAGCCAGACGAGAGGGACCAAAUCCUGGAGAAAUAUGUUAGUACCUUUAGGGACAUAUUACUACUUAUUCAUGCCACUUUUGACAUUUUACAUGCUUGAAUUAGUAAGUGCUACAAGCAGACAAGUAAAUACAUUUCAAAAGCUAUCUAGGAUUACUAACCUGUGUUUAUACAUUUAACUAAGACUGUUUGUAUCAUUUUACCUUUGCAGAGUUUGAAGAACUCUCACAUAAGUUUGAGGGAGGUUGGCUUCCUUCAAGUCAAGGUUGUCAAUGCAACAGGUCUCACAUCAACUGACCUCAAUGGUGAUAUAUCACUCCACUUUUAACCAUUCCCAUUUGAACUGGUUACUUUCUAUGGCUGAGUCCAUCUACAAUUGCACACACAGUGUAACACAGCUUUGUUCUUUCUUUGCAGGGAAAAGUGAUCCAUUCUGUGUACUGGAGCUGGGGAACAGCAGGCUACAGACUCAGACCCUCUACAAAACACUCAACCCUGAGUGGAACAAAGUCUUUACAUUGUAGAUAUGUUUUUCCUUGGUCUUAUAGUGUACUUUGUAAACAUUAAUGCAAAUUAAUGUAUUCAUUCAGAUCUGGACUAACUGGUUAUCUGUUGACAGCCCAAUAAAGGACAUCCAUGAUGUGUUGGAGCUGACGGUCUUUGAUGAAGACGGAGAUAAAGCCCCAGACUUUGUGGGCAGAGUGGCCAUUCCACUACUCACUGUAAGUUGGGGAUCCUUUGAUUCAUAAUAGGCUUAUAGUUUAUUAAUUGACAUUGACAAGUUGUAAAACAUGUCAUGGGUCAGAGAGGAGCAUCUUCAGUAAAUAGUAAUGUGGUGCUAUUGAUUGACGUGCAUUUACUAACGCUACAGGUUCAGAAUGAACAGCAGGUCACCCGAGGGUUGAAGAAUGAGAACUUGGGGGGUCCAGCCAAAGGUACCAUCUCAUUGGUGAUGGAGGUCCACUAUAAUCCAGUAAGAAUUCACUGGCUGAUUCUAUCUUAGCUCAUGCGCUUUGACAAUUGACCCAAUCAUAUUACUUACUGACUUUUUACUGAUUUCCUUUUCAUUCAUUUUCAUUGGAUUUGACAAUUUGAAAUAUCUUUCUCAGGUUAGAGCCGGCAUCAGAACAUUCAAACCAAAAGAGGAAAAAAUCCUGAAGGACAACACAACAUUUUCCAAAAAGGUUUGCCUUCGCAAUGAAUGUCAGGCCUAUAGAAUCUAAAAUGAAUGAUUUAUACACAUAAAGCAUGGUUGUUACAGUUUGUUGGAUGAAGGAGUACUGGAACAUGCUCCUUAUAUCACAGAAACUAAGCUUCCACAGGCAAGCAGCAUAUUAGCUUUGAUUGGUCAUAGUCUAACUAUUUGGCUCAAGGCAACAAACCAGAAAAGCCACACAGCAGCAAAUAAGGCCUUGAAUAAACCUGAAUUUGAAUCAUACACAUAAAGCUUUUAUCAAAUCAUGCUAACUGCCAUUUUGUUUGAAUUAUUUCCCAUUAGGUCCUUGCCCAGAAUAUCUACCGAGUUCGGAAAAUCACCCUGGCAGUGCUGCAUACGUUACAGUACAUUAAAAGCUGUUUUCAGUGGGAGAGCACGCAGCGGAGUAUAAUAGCCUUCCUGGUAAGUCAUUGCCCCAUGUUAAUGAACUAGUGCUAAGCCUUGGGCUGUGCAAUUUGUGUAUCCUAUUUCACUGCAGUACUAUUUUAACACUUUCUUCUGUUCAUCUGCAAUAGAUGAUAGACCAGUAUGUUCAGGUAUAGGCCUACUUAGAUUCUUGUUACUGUUUCUCAGUCACAUGCUCCCAAGAAUUGACACGGCCAGUCUUUAUUCUCCAUUCUGAAUUUGAAAGCUGUGCUAUAACCUUUAAUUCAAACCCCACUUGGCUUCCUUCAGAGUUCUUCUGGCACUAGGGCUUUAUGUGAAGGCCUUGGGUCUGGCUGUUUGGUCAUCUGACUUCUUAGCUAAGCCCUCUCCCCCUGGGGACGGUGUUCGGGGAAUCACAGUCUCUGCUCCUCUGUGUGGAGGAGUAG